AUUAAUUUAUCUUUUGGGACAAAAAGUAUAUGUCACAAAUGCAACAGGAGAAAAAAUUUGAAAUACAUGUAAAGAAGAGGGAUAUCAAUAGGAAUAAUACUACCUCUAAUAACCAGAGUAUUAGUUCCUUGUGUCUGGGAUAUUUCCCUCCAAAUUUUAUAGGGGAUUUAAAGAAGACCCAAAUGAAGAUGGAUCCCAAGUCUACCAAGAUUUAUGCUGCAGAGGAGAUCACUAAGAAAAAGAAGACGAUUAAAUUAGGCAAUAUCUAUGAAGAAAAUGUAGGUACUCAAACCCAGCACUUUGAAGGUCAGGAAAUAGGUGGGCCUAAUAAGAACCAAGUAGUUAUGUAUUACUCAAAUAAACUCUUCUACAUAAUUCCUCUUGAGAAAAGUUAUACUUUCAAAAAGCAGCUGUCUCAUGUGGAUUCUUCAGUCCAGGAGGAGCUACUGAAUUUUAGUAAUGAUCCGGAGUAUGCUCAAACUAAGCUCAAAAGUCGCAAAGAGGUUAAUGCAGGUACAAAAGCUGUGGAACAACACAGUGAGAAAGCCAGAGCUGAUCUCGGAAUCAACUCUGAAGAUAACAGAGAAGAAAUCCUCAAAGAUGCCUUAAGGAAGCGGAAUGAGAAAAGAAAUGCAAAAAGGAAUAAAGAAGAUGCUGAUUUUGACAAUGGUGAGAUCUUUCAGGAUAAUGAAGAGGACGAUGUUGCACAGAAGGGGGUAGAAUAUAUUGAGAGUGAUGGAGAUUCUGAGAUUGAGAAUUUCGGGAAGAAAAAUAAAGAUAAUACUAAUGUUAAAGUAGCUGGAAGGACAGGCGGCUUGAACCAAUAUGGCAGGGAAAUGUUGAGCUUCAAAAAUAAAGAAUCACAAAGAGAAGAAUUCGACGAUGAUGAUAGCGACGAUGGUGAUGAUAUCAGCGAUGGCUCUGAUGAAGGUGAAGCGUCUGAAGAUGACUCAGAUGCUGACAAAAGAAAAGAUAUAUCAAACAAGGAUAACUCAACAUCUAAAGCUAGAAAACCUCCAGUUACUGAGGAAUUCAAGUAUUCAGGCGGAUUAGAUGAUGAACCUGAUUUUGAGAUUGAAAAUGAUCAUUAUGUUCAGCCUCAGAUUACAAAGAAUCUUUCUAACUCGAGUGAUCUUUUUGCUGCAACACCUACUAAUCAAGGGAAGCGUCAACGUGAAGAAGAUGAUGAUGUGUUUGGAGAUGAGCCAGACUACAAAAGAUUUAAAAAUGAUUAAGGUUUGUAAAAAU